CAUAUUGAACCGAUAAGGAAUUUAAGAUUUGUAGAUUUCAGACAUUUACAUUUCAAUUUGACAGUAAGUAAAGAUGUCAUUACCGCCAAUUGAAAGUCUAGGAACUAUAUCUAGGCAAAAACAAGUGGACACAUUAGGUCUUUUAUUUGAACCUUGUGAGACCUUAUCAACAUUUAUAAUUGAUAAUAUCUUAUCUACUAGUAUAGGUACGCAAUUCAAAAGUUAUAGAGAAUUCAUAGAAGCCACUAGACGGGUAUUAUUAGAGUUCUUAUAUAAAGCUGAACAAGAUUCAAUCACAGCCAAUUCUCCUAUUGAUAAUCGUAUAUCAAAAAUUAUAGCUGCCCAUCCUCGAUUAGGUGGAUCAUCAAAAGUUACCAAUACCGAAUUAUCUCAGCAUUCAUCAGCCGAACAGAAAUCAUUACAAGGGUCACGAGAAGAAGCAGAACAACUAAUACGAUUAAAUGAUGAAUAUGAACAGACCUUUCCGGGGUUAAGAUAUGUUGUGUUUGUGAACAGUCGGCCUAGAUCCGUAAUCAUGGAAAAUAUGAGACAGAGAAUAGUUCGCGGAGAUAUCCGUUUAGAACGUCAAGAAGCCUUUGAAGCUAUGUGCGAUAUUGCACUUGAUAGAGCUCGAAAGGGAGGUAAGCUUUGAUUCUAGUUUGUCAUAGAUAAAGGGAUGAUCAUCAUAUGUAAAAGUUUAUAUAUCAAUAACAUAAAUGAAUCUACGGUCACAUACUUAAAAGUUACUAAUAGUAAUGCUAAUAGUAAAUCUUACUAUAAACAUCUUAAUCUGAUUGUAAGAAUUGAUAGGUACAAUAUUGUGUUCUGUAUACUUUGACAUAACAUAACCAUUUAUAGUAAGGAACUUCUAAUUGAGAUAUUGUUGUCUUAAUUAACUGUCUCGUAUCAAUCAAUAAAUCUUCAUCUCUUCGCACUUUAUCAGCCACUGUUCCCUUACAAAUCGGUAAGCCUAAUUGACAAAACGAUUUUCCGCACGAC